AAGUCGUUCAAUGUAAGUGAUAUCGAAGGGUGACAUGGGCACCCAAUAUUCCCCCCACAUUCUUUUCCUCGAGAAAGACUCCCCAUUCGAAGAAGAAACAGGCAUUGAUGAUACAUUAUUAGGAAGGAUUGACUCGGAGAGGCAAAGAGACAAACACUUUACAAUAGGUGUACGAGAAGGCAUCUCUGCAGGAUCACAAUCAACAGUACAAGAUGGGUUUGAUUGUGGCUAUGAGAAAGCAUUCCUAGCCUCCUGCAAGUUUGGCAAGUUAAGAGGUGUAUUAAAUGCCCUUCAUUCCUACAUUGUUUUGAACAAAAAGACAGGAAAUAAGGAAAAUGAUAGCUGUGAGCAAGAAAUAGACAAUUUGAUGGAUAAUCUUGACAAAAUAGAAAAACAAAUGUGGAAAGUAAAAUUUAAUAAUAUUCCACCCGAGGAAGUCAAAGAUGCACCCUCUAUACAUAAUUUUGAUCAUCAACAAGUGUUAGCUGAAACUGACAAUUUGGAGUUUGAAAAACUUUUGUUUGAGUGCAAUCACAUUUGUCAGAAACUGGGUUUAGGCAACAACAUUCUUAUGUGGUGUCAAGCUGCUUUUUCACAAUAAUUUUAAAAAAACUUGCAAACCAAACCCACUUAUAAAAAUGUAAUGGUAUUAUGUCUCCACUCAUUACCCAAUGUGCCAUGUAUAAACAAUCACCACAAAACAGUAUUUUGUAAACUAUUGGAGAUAUUAUCUUGCAUCCUAAUUUUCCUCUGUAUUGAUAUUGAGUGCUCUAUUUCAGUAUAAUUUAUUUGUAAACACAAUAGUAUAAGUAUAUUUCUAUUUAUAUACACGUACAGAAAGUA